AAUCACGGAGCUCUGAUAUUUGUGUGAACAAAUAAACAAUCAAUUUUCAAAAUAUUGUGAUGGAAAUCGACUUAGAAAUUUCAGACGAAGACUACGUGAUCCAAAGAGCCAAAGAUUCGUUCAAAUCGAACCCCGUAGCAGCAAAAGCGUGGGUCCUAACGGCGAAAACCCUCUACCCAAAUAACUUUGCUGUCCAAUUCGAGGCGUACCAAAUCGAAAAAGAUGCCGGACACAUCAAAGAAGCUGCCAAAUGUUUCAGCGACCUAAUCACCAGCUUCCAACAGUCCCCUGACCUUUGGAAGGAAAUUGAGAAAGUGACAGCAGCCCUGAGAGCUGAAUCUGAUAGCCAAGAUGUUGAGAAACAAUUCUUGUGCGAAAUGUUUAGGCAUAUAUCAUCUGAGGUGCAACACAAAUUGUUGUUGUUCACUGCCGACCAUUGUGAAGAUACCAUGGAGCAUUGUCGCCUACUGCUUCUGCUCUUACAGAGGUUUCCUACUGCUAUUUCAAGUAAUGUCCUUAGACUAGUUGACACACUUAUGAGUGCAGAAAAACACAGUAUAGAUGGUCACUUUCCUGUUAAUCCUUACAGGAAGCUGCUGGUUUGUGAUUUACUUCCACUAUUAGCAAAUGAACCAACAAAAUUGGAGCUUUCUUCCAAGAUGUUGCAUAAAUUGUUGCAAAAGGCUAUAGAAUUUUAUUUGUGUUAUCUGGGACUGAAUACAAGCACCAUACAAGACUCUGAUACAAAAAUUGAGGAUCCUUGGGGUAAGCUAUUUGGUGUGCUGGAAUUCAUUGGGAAGCAAUUGAACUGGGAGCCCUAUUUGACAAACUUCACAACAAAUUGGUCUAAGGAGAGCUACUGGCAAAAAAUUAUAACAUUUUGUCAAUCAAAAUCUAAAGGAUACCCUUUGGAAGACAAACAAUUGCUGUUUUGUCUAUCAGUAUUUUUUGUUCACUGUCUUUUUGAGUAUAAUGCUAGCUUGAUACCAGAGUCAAGCCCUGGGCAAACUCCCACAACUUAUAUGAUGGUUGAAGCCUUUUCUGACUCUAACCUUCCUAGUCUCAUUGCUGAAACUAAAAGUAAAAAGAGGAAAAGUGAUGCUGAUGUCUUCACAACCCCCUCUGUGACAGUAGAGAAACCAGAGCUGAAAAAUAUUCAAAGUAAUUUCAUGAUAUGUAUGAACUGCUGGGAUCUAUUGAACUCUUCAGAAAAUUUACAGAGAGAAUUCAUCAAGUUGAAUGCUCAUUUAAAACUAGACUUGAUUCUUUCAGGAUUUGUUAUUGAUUAUGCCCUUUAUAAAAAUUUGUAUGAUGAAGCACUAAUGUUCCUACAUAAAAUCACUGACACAACACUCUUGGCACAGAAAUAUUUGCGAAUCACUGGUAUACUUUAUGUUAAAAAAAAUUACAGCUCCUGUUUAGAGCCCAUACUCCUAGCCCUACCACUUCUACCUACAAACAAUGUGGGCAGCCUGAGUAACAACCUCAUAAUUGGAGGCAAUCAAAAGCACUUGCACUACUUGCCUCUUACCCGUAUGGCUAUACUACAGUAUUUAGUCAAAGUGUUAUUGAGAUGUGUCAGAGAAAACAUGGCAAAGCACAGCUACAGUGAGCUAUCCAUAGGACACACUUUUGUGCUGUCCCAACUGGACUGGCCACAAGAAGAAGACUUCAUCCCUCCACUGCUAGAGCAAAUUCAGCAGCACAGGUCAUUCCAGUAUCACAAUUUCCAGAAUUAUAUAAUUAAUGUGGACAUUCUGGAAGAAAUAACCUACUUGUGGACUAGCCAGGGGGGGCAGAUCCAGCUGGAUAUUCUGCCUCAUUUGGGGCAGCGACGGAUCGGUACUAGAGGGGCCGAUAAAGGGGUGAAGGAGGAGAUCAAACAGGCCAUUAGAAGGCAGAUUGCCAGGAGUAAUGAAAGAGUGGAUGAGUUGUUGGUUAAUUUUAUUUUGAAUGAGAGGGCCCAAAUUCUACAAACGCUUGUCUAAGUUUCAUUUACUUUUUCGAGAUAAUUUCAUAACAGUUUUCAUGUAUCCAAAGUUGAAAUAUAGUAGUUUUUAAUU